GUGUGGACCAGUUAUGAUUUCUUAUGAUUUGAUCUUUUCGCUUAUUUUCACACUCAUUUAACGUUAGUGGAAAAGUGUUUCGUUCAGCAGACUCAAGUCCCGACCGCGCAGACUGUUUGAAAUAUUUCCACAGACAUAAACACCCACCAAGAAGUGCCUGUUGAGAUCGGCUGCAAGCACAGAGAGUCUGAGAAGACACCUGAAAAAAAAAAUAUGUGUCAGGAAGUCUGAGCGUUGUGCCCUGUCUCAAAAAAAACUUAUUUUCCUUGUGUGAAAGCAAAAAAAGAAGAAAUUCACCAGCAUGGCCAGUGAGACAACCAUGCAAACCUCAUGUAUUCAGGAAGAUCCAGAGGUUGAUGAAUGUCGUGAAAAUAUUCCACCCGAAGACACCACACAGCCAAGUGGAGAAAACAAGCCUCUCUCUGACUCUUGCACCUUCUCAACCCCAGCUCCAGCAAGCAGCAAUGGUGUAGUCAAGGCAAAGUCACGGCUCUCUGGUCUCCAGUCUGCUCUAACACCAAUUUAUAAAUACUUAAACAUCGGCAAUAAAUCUCCAUCUCGGGAGCCUUUAAAAUGUGGAAACAGUCCUCAUCUCAGCGUGCCCUUUGCCUCCUCAGUAAAUUGCCAAAAAUCAGUUGGAGUUUCUAGCCAACCUCCCAACUCCGAUUCCUCCAGUGCCAGUUCUGGGCGAUCAUUAGGUGAUAAGAACGCUCCUGUGUGCUGGCUAGAUGACGAAUACUUGCCAGAAAUUACUCUCCUUGAUGUUACAUGCGAUUCUACGAUGCAAAUGACUAGAAAUGAUUCAGCUCUGCCUGACAGUGUGCCAGCAACACCAGUAACAGCUAGGUCUGUGACCAGCACAUUUUCCACUCUCCAGCCGCCCCACCUGAAUUCCUCCACUGAUGUAAUCAUUACUGCUCAUAAAUCCUGCCCUCAGAAUAAGCCAAUGGAUCCUCUCCAGUCUAAUGUUAGCAGUCCUAAGGCAGAGAGAGAGGCUACAGAUCAGACUUGUUCAGUCUCUAAGAACACUACUGAAACUUCCUUUGUUAUGAAUCAGAAUUGUUCAGCUGAUAAGACAGGUGGCUCAUGUGAUGUGCAGGACGCCACUUUUGAUUCUGUUCAAAAAUCCAGUGGAAGUGCUAUUUUAGGGGAAGCUGGUGAUAGAGCCUUUUGUCUCCAAAACAGCACUUUUGAUAGUAAACCUUCCUCUAAACAGAAUGGCACGAUAACUUUGUCAGAAACGAGCACAAGUGCCAGUCACCAGAGUGCUAUGGACAAGCCCUCCCCUUCUAAGAUCUGUAAUGUACUUACAAGCGCUAAAGAAAACAAUUCUGAAGUCCACCCUCCGGAACUGUCAAAACAUUGUGGGACAACAUCUGGUACAGACCCUAAUGCCAAGAUGGCUGACACCCCAGAGAGCAUGGAUGCUCCUGUGCGCUGGCUGGAUGACCGAUAUUUCCCAGACAUUACUCUCCUUGAGGUUACACGUGAUUCAGAGCUAUCACCGGGAGCAGAAAUAUCCUCAAUGGAAGUCACGCAGGAUAUUCCACCGAUGCAUUGUGUGACAAAAAGCAGGCCUUCGUCAGAGCUCAGUGGACAAAUUGCGGCAGAGCCUGGCAGACUGGACGUGAUUCAAAGUGAAGAACUGUCAGGUACUCUUACUGGCAGCGUCACCCACACCAUAAGCUCCUUUAGUGAGCAAUCUGAUAAGUGUGUGGGGGAAAACAUCAUGAAAGCUUCCUUAGAAGUAACUCGGGAUAUUUCUAUGGGUAGUGUUUUAGAAAACAGUAGGUCUUCAUUGGAGACAAGUGGACAAAACCUAGUGAAGAGUCAGACAUCAGCUGAAGACACACUUAGUACCCAUCCUGCUAAUGUUACUCGCGACAUAAUCUCCUCUAGCAACAUGUCUGUUCAGUGUGCUGCGUCAGAGUUUUCUACCUCUGACGUGCAGCGUAACACCAGUUUAAAAAAUGUCACCUCUGAGCUUCACGUUACAGAUGUGGAGACCUCUGCUACUGUGGAAGCUAAUAAUGAAGAGGUACUUACUAGCCAUGAUGCUGAGUUGACCAACAAGGCACCGCAAUCAAACCCAAAAACAACUGUGUCAGCAAAUGGCACAUUUACCAUUGCCCAGCCCUCCAAUCUGAGCACCUCCACUGAUUUAAAUACUACUGCUCAAAUAUCCUGCCCUCAGAAUAAGACUCUGGAUCUUCCACCAUCUAAUGUAAACAGUCCCAAAGCAGGGAAUGAGGUUACAAAUCAAGUUAGUGCUGACUGCGAGGACACUGCUGAACCUUCCCUCAGUACGAAUCAAAAUUGCUCGUCUGUUAAGGCUACAGGUUCAAGUGAUGUGCAGAGCACCACUUUUGAUAAGCAGUCUCCUCAAGAAUCCAGUGCCUGUACCAAUUUAGGAGAAGCUGGUGCUACAACCUUUUGCCUCCAGAACAACACUUUUGACAGUAGUAAACCUCCUUCUAAACAAAAUGGCACAAUAACUUUGUCAGAAACAAGCUCAAGUGACAGUCACCAGAAGACUUUGGACAAACCCUCUCCUUCUAAGGCUUGUAGUCCACUCUCUAGCUCUAAAGACAACAAUUCUGAAGUUCACCCUCCUGAACUGUCAAAGCAAAAUGGGACAACAACCAGUACAGACUCUAAUACCAAGGUGGCUGACAGCCCUGAGAGCACAUUCGAAGCUAAUCCAGCUUCAGAGGCAGCUUCUGGAGCUGGUAGACAUGAGACUAAGGAUCAUUCACAAUCAGGUCAGUCUGCGACAGAUGGUCUUUCCGACACUUUGGGCCAUCCUGGCAUGGAUACAGAGAACAACAAAGCAAACACGUUCAAUUUGGAUGACACCCUGGAUUUAAGAGUAGACUCUUUGGUUACUUCAACGCCAAUGACUAACUGCAAAGUGUUCCACUUCAGCAUGGAACGUGACGAGGGCAAAACCAUAGGGGCACAGAAAAAACUAUACGGGGAUGGAUCCAGUAAACCAGGUCAGCCAUCAAACAUCGUCUCUGAUCGGAAAACAUUCUUCACGCAACCCGUUGUUAAAUCCCUUUUGCCUCAUUCGAAAGCUGCAUCCCAGCUGUUGAAAUUUAAGCCAGCCUCAACGCUUCCAGGAAGGUGCGAGCCGUUGACAUCGGGCCUGCCCAUGACAAGACAGAGGACCCAGGCUGAGGCUUUGAAAAAUGCUGCAGCUCCUGAUGCAGCCCAGGGGACCCAAGGAAUAUCAAGCUCCUACAAUUUGCGGGCUUCAACAACAGGAUCCAAGCAGCCCAGUUCUGGCUUACCGCGACCACACUUGAGCGGCAUACCAUCAGGCAUACAGAGAACUGCACCAGGUCUCAGGGCGCCAUCAACACGAAGCAUCGCACCAACUUCUGACAAACUCCGUGGGGCUACAGCUACUAACCCUGUGACAAAGACUUCCCAAGCAAAGAAGCACACGUUAACCAGAGGUGAACCUUUGCCAACAGCAAAGAGGAAGAAAAUAGAUGUUCCCUUACCAUCCAAUAGUGCCGAAGCCUCAACAUCUUCCUGUGAUGCUGUAAACAGAGCCAAAAACCUGAAACAACCUACAACUGGUCAAAGAGCUUUGCCAGCUAAAACCCAAAGAGAUGAUGGUGCAGUGCCAGCCAGUACUGCUGAAAACUCAGCGUCUUGUGAUGCUGCCAGCAGAGCCAGAGCCCUGAAACAGCCUACAAAUAGCCACAGACCUCUGCUUGCUAAACCCCAAGGAAAUGGUAAUGGAUGUGCGAAAUGCGUCGCACUUGAAGAACAGCUCAAAAUAAAAUCAGAAGAAAUAAGGAGACUGAAAGAAGAGCUGCUAAAGUACAGAAAACAAGGAGAAGAAUGCUGAACUCUCCAAUAAAAUCCCAAUGUGAAUGUUCAAUAGCAUAUCUAUUCUUAUUUUAAAAAUGUUACAUGGUUUCAUUGUAAAUAAUUUUUAUUCAAUAAAUGGAUUUUAAUUAUAUUAAAAAAAAUAACAUGAUACACAGCCAGUUACCAGUUAUUAACUGAACUAUAUAUACAUUGUUUAAAUGCUCUUUAUCUGUUGCCAUCUAACCUUGAAGAAUAAGAAGACUUGACAAAGAUGUCUGCAAUGAAGCUGACACUAUUUUUUACACUGCUGUCAUAUAUUAUUACACUAUUUGAUGAACAAUGCUGAAAUGGAGAUACUCUGUAUAUGUGUGUGUAAUGUUGCACUGUAUAUGUUUAUCCCCUCUAAUAUGGAGUUAAGCAUUCUGAAAAACAAAUCCUGGAGGCACGUGGGCCAACUUCUUACUCUGAGACGCUUGGUGUAUGCCUUCAGAGUAUGUGAGAUGUUUUGAAAUAAAUAUGCUGUGAAACAGCUGA